CACAGCCUCAGGUGACAGGUAAGCGUUUUCAUCCUGCUUCUUCACUCCCCCUUCAGACCUGAGGCGCUUCACCCCUCCACGUUUCUACCAGCCCCACCUCUCCCCACCCCCUGUGUGCAAGAGACUACAACGCUGAGGUUCCAGGGGGUCCAGCGCUGUCCCACCUCGCAAUGUCCUCAGGGGAGACAGAGGGGUCAUCUCCCACCGUAAGUUCGCCCACCACAAAGAAGAAAAGCUUGAGAAGAAGGAUACUCAGGUUCUUCUCUAGGAGUGAAAGCAACCUGAAGAUUGGCGACAAGUCCCCAACAGAGCAACCUGUAUCUCCAAUAAAAGGUGCCAAGACCCCUACUGAGGAACCAACGUCUCCUAUUAAGGGUGUAGGACUUCUAGAGAGAAAAUUCAAGACCAACUGGGGCGAGAAAAAAGGGAAAAAGGACAGGAAUGACGCCCAGGACAGGUGGCAGGAAGAGAUACAUGAUGCAGCACAAACCUUGCCACAGCUCAGAUCACCCAGCUCUGAAGAUCCUGUCAUCCGGAGGGCCUCAAGGUCAACAAAGACUCGUUCCCUUAGUUAUUCUGAAACAGAUUUACCAGCCUCUGGUAUCUUCUACCGAUUUGGAAGCUUAACCUGGCGCAAGAAACGGUCUGGUGGCCUAGAAAACAAUGGAGCAACUUCCCCCAAAUCCCCCCCUGAUGACAGACACUGGUCAAUGGGACGAUUGGAAAGACCUGCUCUGGGGAGUGAUAUAGAACUGGAAAAGGGACGCCCUAAAUCCUGUCUGGUGGAAUCAAAUUUCAUGCUCAAUAGUGGUCAGGGUUAUAACCUUGGUAGCAAAGAUAGUCAAGAAAGUCGAGGGAUUCUAGAAGUCUCAACAUCUUUUGACUAUUUGACAGAUGAGGUUAAAGGUCAUUAUUCCAGUGAUGUCUCACUUGAUGUAAUCAAUAACCCACUGCAACCAUCAGCAAACUCUCCUGAGACCCAAGAAGGGGGGCUAGGAGACAGAUCCCUACACCAGUGGGCAGAGAAUAUACUAAAAGAGUACUUGCCACCCAGCCAGAAGUCUCCUAGCUACUUGUAUGCAGGAUCUGGAAGUCCUCGCAUUUUGGGGAUUUUGGAAGAAAAUGAAGAGCCCCCUUUGUAUCAGAGUCCACUUUAUCACCGUGGCAUAAAUCAGGAUGAGGACACAUUCAACUCCUUAAUUUCUUCACAAGAAAACAAUCUGCUCACACCCUUUAAUGUCAGAGCAGUCCAAAAUCAGACCACCGAACAUCAGAAAUCUAUACAGCAGGAUGACAGUGCUCAAUGCUUACUACAGACUUUAGACCCAGUAGAUUACAAACCCUUCAGUUUGUAUGCCUUGUCUGAAACUGGGGUUCAGAGGGAUAAAGCACAAAGUCUCAUUGCUCAGCUUCAGCAGGACCCUAUAGAAGGAGGGGGACAGGAAACAAAGACACUAAACCAGAAAUCCCUACAUUCAAGUCAAUUGACUAUGUAUAAAGUGAAGAAAGAAAUAUCACAAAAGCAUAGCCCUCUUUACCAUCACUCAGUAAAAGAAGAGAAAAAGAAAAAGAUUACAACGUGUCUUAUUUCAUUGGCAUCUACUCCUUUAAAUCCAGAAGUUCCCAAUAAGGAGACCUCUUUACAGCAGAAAAUAGAACUCCCCCAGGUUAACUCAGAGAAAGGGGUACACGAUGAAGCUUCUCCACAAGGUACUCCUAAAAUCCGCUAUGAAGUUAUCAUAACCCUGACUAAAGAGGGGGCAGAGGUACCAGGGAAGAAAGGGGAGCAGCUGAGAAAGGAGGAACUUGUAAGACCAGAUACAGAGCUGUCACCUUCAUUGGAAUCUCAGGCAUGUGGACACCUUGGGGCGGGUCAUGCAGAAGUGACAGAUGAGGCACACCCAGGAACACCGGAGCACAGUAAAGAAGAUACAGCACAGGCACAGGAGGAGGAGGAGGUUAUCCCUGUUGACAAGAGGGGAGGAGAGACCUGUAAGGGGGCAUCACUGGACAGAUCCCAAGACUUUGAAGUGACUGAGGUGUGCUGCCUUCCCAUCUCUGACUCUGCAUUGGAGACUGGACACUUUAGACAGGACUCUUCCAAGAUGGAGAAGGAUGGGAGACUCCAUAAAGAGCAUAGUCACAGCCUUAAGAGUGCUCAGUCCUCUAACACUCGAGAACUUCGAAACUCUUAUGAAUCGUCAGCCAUGUCAACCACAAGGAAUAGAGAAUCCAACUCAGUGCAAGUAAGGAUGAUAUCCCCACAACCUUAUGUGGGCCAUGUGAAAGGUCUUCGUAAAGUAUUUGAAGACAUUGGACAGAGGGAGGAGGCCCCCCAACAGUGGGAGAAACUCAGAAUCAAGCCAUUUGGAUCACUGAGAGAAAAACCCCCACAGGUGAAAAGGGUACCCCUGAACACUCCAGGGGUGCAUGAACCAGUUUACUCACAAGUUUUCAAUCCUGUCAGAGCGAAGUCAUUGGAAAGGAAAGCUGAGUGUGGUAAAAUCUCUGUUAGACCCACAUCCCCAAUCUUGAAUAUGGUGAUAUCAUCCCGGAACUGGGACAAAAAUUGGUCUAACGAAACUCCGACUGAAAUCAGUCCCAAAAAUGUAGAAAUAUUUGGCAGAAGCCGCAGAGAGAGAGAUGCCCACCGCAGACAAAUAAGAUCUACACAACAAGAUAUUAUUGUGCCUCCCAGGGUCCCCACACCACCAUUAGAGAGGGCCAGGGAUAAUAUAUCUAUUAGUCUGAGAUCUCCAAAAGGCUGGAGAAAAUAUGAAGAGAGCCAUGUUGCUCAGUCACCAAAAGAUCUCCGGGUCUUGAAGGAUACUGCAGCUUCAGUAGAGACUCAUAGCUCAGAUACAUUCUUUUUUAGUGGUCAACUAGACCAAAAACACAUUACAGAUGUUGGUAAACCAAGUUUGAAAGAUAAUGUGAUUCUCAUCACAGAACCACAUGAAAAGAGCAAAGAACAGUAUGAAAGCUCCUCUGAAACCAGUCUACUUCAGAAUAAAAAACCUUUUAGUAGUUCAGAAGAGACAGAAAUAAACAUUUCUGAAAGGUCUAUAGAAAGAUAUUCUAUACCUCUCAAUCUCAAGGAUGCCCAAUGGGAGAUAGACAAAUCUGUAGAUUCUGAACCUGUUAAAGGUCUAAAACAUAAAAGAGUGACUAUUCCAUUUUCAGAAAGUCUUUUAGUGGAAAACAAAGGAGAUGAAGGAAGUAGCAAAAUUACUGUUACAGUGAGGCCAGCAGAGCAAAAAUCUAAUAAAUCUAAUCUACAAGAUAUAAAAGAAGCAGUUAAACACCAAAAAGAACCACCCGAAAAAAGCAAUAAAGAAUUUGAAGGGACUUCUAUGUUUGAUGAAAACUCUCUUAUUGGUUCUACCUGGGAAAAGACAUCAUUGUUUGAAAGGAAUGUGGAAAAUGAAAGAGACUCUGUUCCUUUGUUUAUUAAUGAUAUCAGGUGGGAGAAAGAACAUUCUGGGAAUCCAGAGCCAGUCAAGGAACAUAAACAUAAGAUAGCUGAUAAUGCUUUUUCAGAAUGUCUUUUAAAUGCAGACAAUGCAAACAACGGAAGUAACGCGGUUAUAGUUAUAGUCAGAAGAGCAGAACAAGGAAUUCCUGGUCCUGAAACAAAGGCACCAACUAAAAUGCCUCUACAAAAGCAUGAUAGUCCACUUUCAAAAGAGAAAGAUAGUACAUUUGUUAAACAGACUAUUGAAGGUGAAAGGGUUUCAGUCCCUCUUCUGUUAAAGAAUGUUAACUGGGAGAAUGAGCAUCCUGUGGAUUCUGAACCCGUUAAAGGUCUUAAAUACAAGGUAGAUAAUGAUAAUGAAUCAAGUAGCAAAGUUAUAGUAAAAGUGAUCUCAGCAGAAACAAACCUUCCUGUGCAAGAAGCAAAGGAAUCAUUUCAAAAUCAAAAAGAACCACCUAAAACCAACAGUGAACAGAUUGAACUAAUGUCUAAACUAGAUGGAAAUCAUUGUAUUAAAUCACACAAAUCAACAAGGACGAUGGAGAGUGAAAGAACCACUGUUCCUCUCCAUUUAAAGGAUAAUCAAGGGGAUUCUGCACCAGUCAAGGGUCUUAAACACAAGGCAGUGAAUAUUGCUUUUUCAAAGAGUCUGUUUGGAGAAGACAAUGAUGAUGAUGAGGAAAAAAGCAAAGUUAUAGUGAAAGUGAUCUCUGGAGAGCAAAAAAAGGAGGAAGCAAAGGAAAAAAAUGAAAAUAAUAAAGGACUCUCUAAAUCCAUUAGAGAACAGGUUAAACUAAUAUCUAGAUUGGACGAAAAAUCUUGUAUUAAUUCAGACAAUACAACAAGGGCAAUAGAAAGUGAAAGAGACACAGUUUGUCUUAUUUUGAAGGAUUCUCAUUUGCUUAAUGACACUCCGAUGGAUUCUGCCCCAAUAAAGGGUCUGAAACACAAGACAUUUGAUGAUGAUUUUUCAGAUGGUCUGGUAAAUAAAGAAAGAAAAGAAAGUAGCAGGGUUGUCAUAAGUAUGAGAUCAGGAGAACAAGGGACAUUUGAAAAUGGAUCGAAUGUGCUUGCUCAAAACCAAACAGGACUAACUGAACAAAACAAGGAACUACUUGAAAGAUCUUCUAAAUUGAAUGUACUACAAAAUGAAACUUCUCUAAUCAGUUCAAGAGAAAUAGAGAGGACAUUGUAUGAAAGACCCAUAGCAAGUAAAAGAGACUCUGAUCCUCUAAUGCUAAAGGAUGUUUAUUGGGAGAAUAAACAGCGUGUGGAUUCUGAUUCAGUCGAGGGUUUGAAACACACGAAAUUGGAUGUCAAGCUUUCACAAAGUCUAUUAGGAGAACAGAAAGAGCAUGAAGACAGUAGCAAGGUAGUAGUGAUGGUAGUGAGGCCUGGAGAACGAGUUCAAAAAGAAUUAUUUGAAAUAAAUUCUGUUGAAAUUCCUGUUAUUAAUUCAUUUUCGACAAGUAGACUGUCUGAAACUACAGUAGAAAGUAAUAAGCAUGCUGUCCCUCUCUUGUUAAAGGAUGUUAGGUGGGAAAUUGAGAAAAGUGUGGAUUCGCAACCAGUCAAGGGUUUGAAACACAAGACAGCUGAUGUUGAUUUAUCAGAAAGUCUGCUAGGAGAAGACAAAGAAAAUGAAGAAAGUACCAGAGUCUUAGUAACAGUGAGAGCAGCAGAAGAAGCAAAUUCUGACAACUGUACUACAACUCCAUUAGGAAAUGACAUAGGAAUAACAGAAAAAAACAAUGAACCAUUGGGAGGAUAUUCCAAAUUAUCUAUUUUACAAGAUGAAAGGCCGCUUAUAAGUUCAGCAGACAGAGACAGGCUUUUGCUUGAACAAGUGAUGGAAAGUGACCAUGUUCCUCUUCUACUAAAGGAUGUUCAUUGGGAGAAUGUAGAACAUAUGGAUUCUGAAUCAGUUAAGAGUCUAAAACACAAGACAAAAGAUAUUAAACUUUCAGAACUUCUUUCAGGGGACCAUAAAGAAAAAGAAGAUAGUAGCAAGAAUGUAGCAACAGAGAGGUCAGCAGAACCAAAUAUUAAUUUACAAGAAAUCAUGGAACCAGAUAAAAAUCUGAAAGAACCACCUGAAAAGUGCAAAGAAAAGGAAUUUGAAAUAACUGAAUUUAAUGAAAAUUAUCGUAUGAGUUCUGUUAAGACAGAGCCACUACUUGAAAGGAAAGUGGAAAGACAUGUUGAGUCUGUUCCGCUCCUACUAAAGGAUGUUCGGUGGGACAAUGAACAGCAUGUUGAUUUACAACCAAUCAAGGGUUUGAAAUACAAGAAAGCUGAUGCUGAUUUUUCAGAAAGUCAACUAAGAGAAAACAAAGAGAAUGAAGAAAUUACUAUGGUUUUAGACAUAUCCACAACAACAGAACAGUCUGAUUCUGAAAAACAUACUAAAAUACCUUUACAAAGCCAGAUAGGAAUAAAAGAAAAACAUGAUGAACCUUUGGAAAGGUCUUCUAAAUUGUCCCUCAUACAAGAUGGAAGUCCAUUUAUCAGUUCAUUAGAUAGAGACAUGCACUUGUUUGAACUAAUGAUGGAAAAUGAUAGAAAGCUAAAAGAGGGUCUAAAUCACAAAGCAAUGGAUAUCAAAAUUUCAGAAAAUCUUUUAGGGGAGCAGAAAGAAGAAAUUAGCAAGGAGAUAGAGAUAGUGAGGUCAGAAGAACAUAAUAUUACUUUACAAGGACUAAUGGAACCAACUCAAAAUCAGAAAGAACCACCUAAAAAAAGCACUGAAUUUAAAAGAACUGAAUUUAAUGAAAAUUAUUUGAUAGGUUCUGUUGAGUUAGGAACACCACUUGAAAGGCACAUGGAAAGAGAUGUUGAGGCUGUUCCUCUCCUUCUAAAGAAUAUUUGGUGGGAAAAUGAACAGCAUGUGGAUUCACAACCAAUCAAGGGUCUAAAACACAAGAAGGUUGAUGUUAGUUUUUCAAAUACUCUCACAGGAGAACACAGCAAUGAAGGAAAGAACAAGUGUAUUGUCACAGUUAGUGCAGGAGAGCAAGAGGUUCAUGAAAACAGAACUAAUAUUUCAGAAUUUAUUGUAAUACAGCAUGAGAAAGACAUUGCUUGUAUUCCCUCAGAGACUGAAACUUGCAAAGAGGAGGUUACAGGAUCUUCCAAAGAAAUAAUUAAAGAUGUUGGACAGAUGAUUCUUGAAAUAACAGAGAAUACAACAAUGAGAAAAGAAGUAUGCAUUACUGGAGAAGAUAAAGAAAAUAACAGCUCUUGCACAACAUCAAGUAAUGACCUAGAGAAAAUUAUUGAUAAGCCCUUUAACAUUUUAACCAAUAAAAUAGAUGAGGUGUGGCAUGCCAGUCAUUCUGAUUUUAUAAUACAAAAGAAUGCUGCAAACAAUUCUGAGAUGGAAUCUGUGGUGGUAUCAGCAAAUCAUUCCCUACCUAUGGAAGAAUUAUCACAGAAAGAAGAGGCAGGAGAUAUUACAUAUGGGGGCAUGCCAGCAGGAGGUGAGCAGAACAUGCAAAUUAUAAAAGAAACAGAUAUUACACAAUUGCCUUCAGAAGAUUUGAGUGGGAAAAAUCAAGAUUUUACACACAUGAUUCAAACAUUAAAUUCAAAUACUAUAUCUCAACCAGAUAAAGAGUUGAGGGAGGGCACUGGAAUCGUAGAUAAAACCAGUGAAGAAAUAGUCCAAACCAAAGAUAUUGUCAAUCAAGUUGGAAACAUGAUUGCUAAAAAUGGAGAAUGCGUGAAAAUUAUGCCCAUAGAGGAGGAGCAAGAAAAAAGUACCAGUAAAUGGCAACCAAAUAUACUGGACCAAGCUCAAAUUUUUAACAUUGACCAAGAUGAAUAUAGAGUGGACAAAACUAGAUGUAUAAAUGGUCAUAUUACAGAUGUUGUAACUGUGCCCACUGGGUCAUCAGAAGAUUGCAGCGAUCAGACAGAUGGAAAUGUGAAUUUAAAUGUUUAUGAUAUAAUUAUAGACCAAAUGAGCCUUGCAAUGAACAAAAAAGAAAGUAUGAUGACUCAGUCUACAGAAUCAUCAGAAAAGACUAGUGAUGACUCAUAUGGAGAGGUUAUCAUGGAAACUGGUGAUAUGGUCCAAACUAAGGAUUCAACUGAGCAUACUGAAGAGGCAGAAGGAAAUGGCAAUUAUAAAUUAGCUUCAGAUGCUAACAUCAACCAUACUGGAGAGCUAACUGUUCAACCAUUAGAUACAAUGAAUGUGUCAACACUAAAUGCCAGUGAUCAGCUAACUAGAAAUCUGAUGGCUCAAUAUACCGAAGUAAAAAAACAAGCUGAAAAUAUGAUUGUUAUACUAUCAACUAUUGAUAAGCCAGAAAAUACAAUUGAGGAUUCAGCUAAAAAGGCUAUAGAUAUCACAGAUACAAAUAGAGAUGUGAUCACCAAAUACACAGAUUCAACAGACCAAAAAAAAAAUGUAGGAAAUUUUGCUUUAGAUGUAGUAGACUGUGCAGAAGAUGUAAUUGUUCAUGAAUACACAAAACAUGAGACAACUGACAAUAUAAAUGGCAACACAGCCUCCCAAAUCCAGAACAACAACCUUAUACAGAAACAAAUACCUGAUUCUCUAAUAAACACAAACGAUUUACAGAAGAAUACAGGUGAAAGAGACAUGGAGUCUGUAGUUAAUGAUGCUUGGUCAAAACCUCAGGGUGAGCUGACAUUUCAACAAACCACUCACAGUUCAAUACAGUUGCCCAAAGUCUCUAGUGUUGAUCAAGGUUCUACAUUGAAUGAAGUAACUGCAAAGGUCACAGGUGAAAAGGUUCCUCAUGUUGAAGUGGAAGAAGAAAGAGAGUCUCCUGAAGACAUGAAUGUUUGGGUGAACACCCUUCGACAGCUGGAAACGCCUGAAAUUAUGAAAUACCAAAGAGUUCCACGACAACCACGUUCCUCUCCAUUAAACAUGUAUGCCACCUUAUCUCCUAUAAAAGAGGAUAUUGGCUCUCCAAAAACUGACAUUAACUCUCCAAAUUUAUUUACAAAACAGACUAAUAAUAUGGAAAUGAGUCCAUUGCAGAAAACAAGUAACCAAAAUACAGAGACAGAAAAUAAGCAGGAUCAGUCUGAGAAGAUCUUGUUCUCAUGGGAGAGGGAAGCUAGUAAACUGUCAGAUAAGUCAUCCCCACUGGAGAUGAUGAGAAAGCACUCAGGGGAAGAGACGGCCAGAAGUGCAGCCUACAAAACUUUAAUCAACCAAAAUCUCAGUCAACGUCAAAGUUCAAUCAUUGGAUCCUUGCUUCUUUCUGAUAGACUGUCAGAAUCAAAGUCAGAGGGAAAGCCAUACUCUAGGCUGGACAGCAGCCUUCUCUUGAGCAGCUAUAUGAGACCCAAGAAAGACUCACAGCAAAUGAGCCCAGUGGAAGUGCCAGCUCCAUCACAGAAUACUCUUGUCAAAGCUGGUGAUCAUCCAUCCCUUGACAAUAACCCUUCUCUUGACACGAACAAGGACUCUGAAACAUCUCCACCUAAAAAUGAAGAGGAUUUAGCACCUGCUCAGCCAUCUAAUCAUCAUUCCAAAAAGGAAAGCACACCAGUUGCCUCCCCAUUUAAAGCCUUCCCAGAAGUCUGGAUUAACACUGGAAAGCACCAUGGGAAAGUGAAUCCUAGACCAGGGAAGAUUAUCCUGUUUUCGGAGGCUGGAUACAGAGGAAAGAAAUAUGAAACUUCUAGUGAUAUAACUAACACUACUAGAUGGGAACUGCAGGAAUCCAUUUCUGUGUGUGUUAUCCGUGGAGGCUGGCUAUUGUAUGAAAAGCCUCAGUUCCAGGGUAGGCGUGUAAUGCUUUGUGAAGGUGAUAUUGAAUUGACUUGUCCCUGGAGCAAUCCAAAGAAGCAAGAAAAAGACUCUCAGGAUAGAGAAAAGGAAUCGAAAUUCUGGGUUGGAUCCCUGCGCCAUGUUGUGAGGGAUUUCCAGGUUCCAGAGAUCAGCCUUUUCUCUGAGGAGAAUGGAGAGGGAAGGAAAGUGAAAUACGUGGGUGCCAUGCCAGACAUUCGUGAACAUGAGCAACCUGUCAGGGCGGUUUCCAUCAUUGUUCACAGCGGCAUGUGGCUGGUAUACGGUCAGCCGUCCUUUGAAGGUGACCCCUAUAUUUUGGAACGUGGAGGAUACCCCACCAUGAAGGCCUGGGGAGGCCAAGACCCUAAUCUAUGCUCCCUGCAGCCAGCGCUAAUUGGAGGUCCCACUGUGGAGAAACCCAAUGAGCCAAAGCUGCUCCUUUUCCAGCUUCCCAAUUUCCAAGGACCAUGUUGGCAGGUGACAAGAGAUCUGCACUCCCUGCAGCAUGAAACCAACUCCGAGGGGCAAUCCCUGACUUCUGUAGGGUCUCUGCAGGUUCUUGGUGGAUGCUGGGUGGGUUAUGAGAAGGAAGGUUUUCGGGGUCACCAGUACCUUCUGGAGGAGGGAGAUUACAGAGACUGGUCCUAUUGGGGAGGCUGCACAGAGGAGCUGGGAUCUAUCCGCCUUAUUCGUACGGAUUUUUCAGAACCAGAAAUCAUACUGUACGAGAAACCUGGUUGCACAGAGGGUCCAUGCUUGCGGCUAAGUGAAGCACUCGCUGACAUGGAGGAAGCUCAUUACGGGACAAACACAGGCUCUAUUGAUGUGCUGAGUGGAGUAUGGGUGGCCUAUGAGAAUGUAGAUUUCUCAGGGGAGCAGUAUAUCCUGGAAAAAGGGACUUAUCAUAAUCACCCCGACUGGGGAGCCAAGAACACCCAGAUUAGCUCUCUUCAGCCAGUAGUACAGGUUGGAGGCCACAGCCUGCAUUUUGUAUCAAAGAUACAUCUAUUCUCUGAGGAGAACUUCCAAGGUGAAUAUCUGACCUCUGAAGAAGACCGCGUGCUGCUGCCAGAUUCCUUUACACCCAAAUCCUGUCGUGUAGAAGGAGGCAGCUGGAGUUUGUACGAAGGGGAAAAUUGCAGCGGAGAGCAGUACAUAUUAUCAGAGGGAGAUUACCCGACGCGUACUGCCAUGGGAUGCCUUACAUUCUGCACUCUGCGAUCUGCUAGAAAAGUACCUCUUUAUUUCUCUGUUCCAUCCAUCUCACUUCAUGGCCUAGAGAGGUUUGAGGGGAAGGAGCUGGAAUUCUCAGGGGAGGUUCGGAGUUUGCAGGGCGAGGGGUACAACAACCAUGUCUUGUCUGUUAAAGUUGGGAGUGGAAUAUGGGUGCUGUAUGAGCACAGUGAUUUCAGAGGUAGGCAGUGGUUACUGGAACCAACAGAGAUUCCUAAUUGGCUGCUGUACAGUGGUCAUCAGCGAAUUGGAUCACUCUGUCCUAUUCGGCAGAGGAGAGUGUAUUUUAGACUCCGGAAUCGCUCCCUUGGAUUAUAUUUGUGUGUCCCAGAGCCAACUGAAGAUAUGAAGGCUGCACGGGUCCUGAUAUCAGAACCGCGAGAUGGCAGCUGUGACAUGUGGUACUAUGAGGAAGGUCGCAUUAAAAAUCAGCUGACUCCUCAGAUGAGUCUGCAGGUGAUUGGUCAGCCCUGCUCCGGCACUAAGGUGGUCAUGUGGUCUGAUGGGCGCAAACCUCUACAGACAUGGUUCUUAGACGAUUCUGGGUACAUCACAAAUCUCACAUUCAAAGGAUUGUGUCUUGAUCUAAAAGGAGGUCAUAGCUAUGAUUCAGACCAUGUUGUGGUGUGGAACACUACAGAAGACAGACUCACCCAGCACUGGGACCUUGAGGUGUUCUGAGAAGGACAUAAUGAACAUUCACUGUGUGUCAGAGAACAAUGGACUAUUUUUUUCAUGCACUGACUCUAAAUUUGCGUAUCCAGCUGCUUUCCUUUUUUUUAUUCACACUCUGAUGCAACGGGACCUGUAUAUAGCACACCCAUACAAAGUACCUCAAGAGAUGACCUAUUUACAGUAUUCCUGCUGUAGAAGUUGAAGACUUAAAAACUGGUGUGAGAAAAGUACUUUUUUGUGAUUACUCAAGAGGAAAUAGUUCUUCUCAAUCACCUAAGUAGCCUGUUGGAUUGGUACCUUCACUCACCCUAUUUAUGAGUAUUCCAAACACAAAAUGUGAACUCUCAAACAAGGUGAAAUCGGCAAAUCUUCAUAUAGUGUUAAUGUGUACAUCUGAGUUUCAAUCUCAGAUACAGGAUUAAAUGUAUUUAUAUUUAUAUAUAUUUUUAUACAAAUUCCCUGAUCUUCAUCUUUUCUAUUUCACAGUUUCUUGGUGGUUUUGUACAUAGUAUAUUUGUGGGACUUAUUAAAUAUGGUCAGACACGCA